AAGUGUAUUGGCUAAGAUUCUCAAGCAACAUGUCCCACAUGUGCAUUAAAUCUAUACAAAAAAUAUUAAUUUCUAGAUCAUAUUUAUCAUCGUCAACUGCUGUAUUUGGUAGAAAAACGAAUUAUGCCCGAAAUUUGCCAGAAUCUGAGGCUGUUUCCAAUGAAACCUUAAGAAAAACGCCUAAAAAAACUCGAUCUAAAUUUUCGCAAGAAGAUUCAUUCGGUUCUUUAAAAUCGUUUUCCAAACGAGACAAGCGAAAAGCCUUAAAUAAAGAGAGUAUUUGGGCAGAAAACUUUGGAACUUUGUCUGUGCCUGAAACAUACGAAAUUGAGGAUUCAGAGAAAAUCAAAGAAGAGGAUAGAAAAGCCGCAAUAGAAAAAACUAAAGAUAGAAAGCCUAAACUACAUUAUGUGAAACAGGGAAGGUACUCUUUAGCUUGGUUUGGAAGGAAAAUUGAAAAAUUAACAACUAAGGGAAAGGUUUCGGAGGCUAUACGAUACUUUGAAAAUGAAAUGAUAGCAAAAUUUCAGAUCCAUCCUAGUAGUCACACGUUUACAGUGUUAAUAAGUGGAUGUGCCAAAAUAGGACAUGUCGACAAAGCUUUUGAGUUAUAUGAGAAGAUGCUCAAAUGGAAAAUCGAACCAGUCAGUCAUACAUACGCCUCUCUUUUUAAUUCAAUCGCAAAUUCACCUUAUAGAAGUAAAUAUCUAAAUCAAGCAAAAGAAUUAAAGCAUUCUUUGGAGAGCAAUCAAACUGAACUUCACCCAAUUGUUUACAAGACUAUGCUAAAACUUUUUGCCUUAUCGGGAGAAAUUGAAGAAGCCGUUGAUAUCGUAGAAGGAAUGAUUAAUAAAAAAAUGAAAAUUGAUGAAAUUGUCUUUAGUCAUUUAUUAAUGGCAUGUAUUUCUCAUAAGGAAGCUGGAUUGAAAUUAGCAAUCGAGGUAUUCAGAAGGAUGCGUAGAAAAUAUGUUAAACCAACAGCUAUUCAUUAUAAUCUCUUGUUAAGGGCUGUUAGGGACUGUGGAGCGGGUACUGCAGCAUAUAGUCAAACUCUUUUGUUACCUAAGUCGGAAAAGUCUCAAGGGGAAACCUUUUGGCAGUCACUUAAAGGAGAAUUAAGGUUGUUAAAUGAACAAUUAUUGCUAGAUUCUGGUAAAGUUGAAUUAGUAACAUCAUCUAAGUCCAAAACCUUAAUUCGUCAAAGUCAUAAUGAAGGAACAUUAAAACCUUACGAUGAUACACUCGAAAAGCCUAGUGUUCGAGAUUUAAUUGAAAGGAAGGGUGUAUCUGCUCUCGACUCCGAAAUUCCUGAUCUCUUGUCCAACAAAAGAGAUAACUUAACGUCUGUCAUUGAACUGGGAAAUCUAGAGAAAGCUGAACAUCGUUUAGCUCUCCUCGGCGGUGUCCCUGGCAUUUUAAACCAUAUGAAAGUAGACUCUGCCUCUCCAGAUGUAAAAACGUUGAGCCUCAUGCUACCCUCGAUUCCGCAAAGCAGAGAGGCGGAAAUAGAUUUAAUAAACGCAUCGAAAGCCUUCGAUAUUGCUCUGGAUAUCGGAUUUUAUAAUCAACUUAUAAAACGUCGAGCUUUAAGACACGAUACGGAAGGUUGCUGGGAAAUAUUUUAUCAUUUGACAGAAAAUAAUUUUCAAUGUGACGAGAGAACAUUCGGGUGUUUAGCUAUGAGUUGUCGAAAUAUGGCUGAUGGGGUUCGACUAAUAGGCUAUUUACAGGUUUCUGGAAUGGAUAUAACAAAAGAAAUCUGUGGUAUUCUUAUGCAGGCAAGUUCCCAGAACUUCGAAUACAAACUUCACAUAUUAGAAUAUAUGAACGAGUCCGAAAUUGAACCAAACUUCCAAUUGAUUAAAAAUAUUGAAAGAGACGUUUCUAUAGCUAAAAAACAAAGUUUAAAUAGGGAUCUCGGUAAACACGUAGAAGAUUACUAUAAAUCAAAACAUUUCAAGGAAUUUUUUAAGAAAUUUAUGUCGAAAUAUAAAUCUUGGCUAUUGAAUACAAAAUUGGCAGAAGAAAAGAACGUAUUCGAAAAUUUUGAUAGAACUCCUGAAAAUUUUGACGAAUCAGAAGAACAAAUUGAAAGAAUUAAUUUAUAG